CACUGAAGCAUAAGAUGCCUCCAUUAAUUUGACUAAACUCUUUUAUUGCUUUUUUAUGUGCUAUAUUAUUAAGUUAUAAUAAUUUGACUUGAUGUUAACACUUAAAUUCACAAGUACUAAUGAUUGUAAUUUUACUAUUCUACAAUAACAUGCUUCAUUAAUCUAAUAAUGUGAAUGUUUUAAGCAAAGUCAGCUUUGCAUAUUCUGGGCGACAAUAGGCAACAUUCACUAUGUAUCUAAAUGGAUCUAGAUUCUCACUUGUCUUGACUUUGCACUCUUUGGAACUCCCUCAGGCAAGCAUUUAUCCUGCAUUCAUUCUUGGAAUAACAACAUACUUUUUGAUCUUACUCUGCAAUCUAACAAUUGUUGUCACCAUUUGCUUGAACAGGAAUCUUCAUAAACCAAUGUACAUACUGUUGCUACCCAUGCCUAUCAAUGAUGCAAUGGGUGCUACAACCCUUUUUCCUCACCUGCUAUAUAGUAUAUUGUCUCAGGACAGAACAAUAUCCUACCCUGCAUGUUUGCUUCAAGGCCUUAUUGUACACUUGUAUGCUGGUGCAUCACAUGUUAUUCUUAUUGCUAUGGCCUAUGACAGGUAUAUUGCUAUCUGCUAUCCGCUAAGAUAUGGAGCCAUUAUGACAACCAAGAACUUGGUGAAAAUAAUAACUGGUAUAUGGCUUUUACAUGUUAUUGCUAUAAUUGUACUUUUUUCUCUUCUUCUGCCUCAUCCGGUUUGCCAGACAUACAUGGCAGAUCUUGUCUGCUAUAAUCCAUCUAUAAGGAAACUCAUAUGUGAAGAUACAAGAGAUAACAAUAUCUAUGGAUUGUUUACCAUGGUUUUAUACCACGGCCUUUCAUUUUUUGUUGUGGCAUUUACAUACAUUCAUAUAUUAAUCACUUGUGUUACUAAUAAGCAGUCUGAUGCAAAGAUUAAGGCACUUCAGACAUGUGGUACUCAUUUGGUUGUCUUUCUUGUCUUAGAGUUUAACACUAUUUUUCCUCUUAUCGCACAUCGAAUUGAGAGUGUUCCAGCUCACCUACGCAGGGUGUUUUCUAUAUCGGUUUGUGUGUUUCCUCCCAUUGUGAAUCCACUCAUUUAUGGUUUUAAAACUAAAGAGAUCAGACAGAAAAUUCUCAACUGUUUCAAGAGGAAGAUAAUCAGUGUCUGAAUUAUUAUAUUUUAUACUGUCUUCCUUUUUCACAGAUCUGAGUUGUUUUCAAUCAUCUAUAUGUUUUUAUUCAUCUGUAGUCUUGUCAAACACAAAGUGAAUCGUUCAGCCAUGAAACUCUUUUCUCUUUCUGUUUGGUUCGUUCAAUGUGUUCUUAACCAAACAAUUUAAUGUGUUCAUUAUCAUUCAUGUUUAUAACCACAACACAUCCAAAUGAAUAUGUGCAGUCUCCCUCUCUCUUGCAGCAGCAAUAUGUUUCCAUUAAUUGUAUGUUCUGAGCAUUUAGCAGAAGCAAGUCACACUUGCUCUGUAGCAGCAACAACAGCAGCAUAGCAGAUCUAGUCCGUCACAACCAAAACUAUGUACAUUCCUUUCAAAUUAAUAAAAUUAACUAUCCCAAAGGUUGU